AAAAAUGGUUAAUAAACCAUGAAAAUAAAUCGUAAAAUUACUUUCUAUUCUCAUAUUUCAAUAAAUAUUUAAUUAGAGUUGAAAAAAGUUUCGCACUUGUCCAGUUCUAACUUGGAAAUUAAUAAUAAACUAUGCGCCGUUACAAAGUUGCAAUUUACAUUAUUAUAUUUUCGUGGUGUCAAGUAUGAUCUAUUCAAAACUUUAGUUAUUAGUAUUUACAUUCAACAUCGAUUGGAGCAAUUGAGGAUGUCCUUUUAUAAGACGGGCGCAGCCUGAGAUGUUUAUUUUUGAAUUGUGAUAUUAACAUCAUUGAAAUUAAUAUGAACCCGACAGUUGUUUUACUAUUCUCUGGUAAAAGAAAAUGCGGUAAAGAUUUUAUAACUGACCAUUUACAAGCCAAAUUAGGUGAUAAAUGUGAACUUAUAAAGAUUUCUUUACCAAUCAAAAGUUUCUGGGCGAAGGAAAUGAAUUUGAAUUUAAAUGAGCUACUGAGUGAUGGUGCAUUAAAGGAAAAUUAUAGACUUGAAAUGAUCAACUGGAGUGAUAAGAUGAGGGAAAAAGAUUAUGGCUGUUUUUGUAAAGAUGCUUGUCAAAAUGCUAAAGGAAACCCAAUAUGGAUAGUGAGUGAUGUCAGACGUGCUACGGACAUACAGUGGUUUAAAGAAAACUAUGGCAAUAAAAUCAAAACUAUUAGGCUUUCUGCUGAUGAGGAUACCAGAAAAGAAAGAGGCUACAAAUUUAAAAGUGGGGUUGAUGAUGUGGAGUCUGAAUGUGGCUUAGAUAAUUAUAGUGGUUGGGACUUAGUUAUUGACAAUGGCAGGGACAGAGAGUCAAUAGAAAAGCAGCUAGAGAAAAUAAUAUCAUUAAUUUCAGUAUAGUUUUAUUUAUAGACAUAAAUACACUUAUUCAGGAUUUUAGGCAAACACAGAUAUUAUAAUAUAAAGCUUACUUAUAAAUGUUAUUAUUAACCAUAUUAAAAGUUAUAUGUAGCAAUCUAAUAACUGUAUAAAUUUUAAUAUGAAAUGCUUUUCUGCUAUAUCUAUUGUAUAAUAGACUCACUAAUUUCAACAUAUUUUUUUCAAUAUACAUCCUACUAAAAUUAGGCAUUAUCUAAUAUUUAAAAUAUAAGUACAACUUAUUUUUGUCAUAAUCUGCUUGAUUUAGCUGCAAUUGAAUAUUAAUGACAUGUCGAUAAUAAUUAUUAUAGCUAAAUAGAUUUCUUAUUGUAGUAAAUUAUCUUAAUCAAUACAAACAAUGGAACAUUAUACUUAGCUUAAAAGAUUGACUGAUUGGCACUUCAGUUGUGCAUGUAGACAAUUUACAUAAUUUAGUUAAGCCUUUUAUAAAAUGAUCAUCAAGUUGCAUAAAAUUAAUAGGUUAUGUGAUUCAUGAUUAGUCUAAUGUUAAAAAAUCCCAAAAUGCAUACCUGAAAAAAUUCACCUAUUUUACUAACUAGGCUAAGCUUCUUAAUAUGAUGUAUUGAGUAUUAUUAUCUUAUAAUCUUUUGGUUUUGCAGGGUAUUAUUUAAUGAUUUAUUAGUCUAUGAGACUGUUUUGGGACAUGUUGAUAAAAAAAUAUACAUAACAUU